AUGACGGACCGCUACACCAUCCACAGCCAACUGGAGCACCUGCAGUCCAAGUACAUGGGCACGGGCCACGCGGACACCACCAAGUGGGAAAGGCUGGUGAACCAGCACCGCGACUCCUACUGCUCAUACCUGGGCCACUUCGACCUCCUCAACUACUUCGCCAUUGCGGAGAAUGAGAGCAAAGCUCCAGUCCGCUUCAACGUGAUGGAGAAGGUGCUGCAGCCCUGCGGACCACCAGUGGACAAGCCAGAGGAGAACUGCGGUCCUGCCGGUCCGCGCUCUGCCGCAGAGCACCGGAAUUCCUCCGGUGUGCGACCUCCCCGUGUUCCCUGA